ACACACACACAGAGAAACAGAAACGAUACAAAAAGUAGAAAAACGACAGUGUGUUCUACAUAUAUAGCUUUUUCUCAUCUCUUAUAUAUUAUUGAAUAUGGAUUCAACCAAGUCCAAGUCUAACAAGAUCAGAGACAUUGUUAGGCUCCAACAGAUCCUAAAGAAGUGGAAAAAGAUGGCCAAUGCUUCAAAGAACACUGCUACUACAAUAAAUACUUGUACUAGUACUACUAGUAGUACUGCCGCUACUUCUUCUUCAUCAUCAGGUGGGGGCAGCAGCAAGAGCAUAAAGUUCCUGAAGAGAACGCUGUCGUUUCAAGACGUUUCGGGGGCGGCUUCAAACGACGUCGUUCCAAAAGGGUUUCUCGCGGUGUGCGUGGGGAAGGAGAUGAAGAGAUUCGUCAUCCCAACUGAGUAUCUGAGUCACCAGGCGUUUGGGAUUCUGCUGAGGGAAGCUGAGGAAGAGUUUGGGUUCCAGCAAGAGGGAGUGCUCAAGAUUCCCUGCCACGUGUCCAUCUUUGAGAAGAUUCUGAAGCUGGUGGAGGAGAAGCGAGAGGUGUUCUUGUUCAACACUAAUAAUAAUCAUAAUAAUGAUCACCAGUUUGGGUUGAUCAGUGGUGCUGGGGACAAGGACUUGAUCAACGGCUCUUGUUCUUCCCCAUCUGAUUGUGAGCUCACUCCCCGUCACCCACAAAUGUGUAGAUGA